AUGCGAAUAGUUAUUACGAUAGCUACUUUGAGUAUCUCAGAAAAGCCGCGUGUGUUCCCGCUCGUGGAUGAUCAUGGAACCUCCGCUGUCAGCAGCAGCGCUGGCGAUCUGUCGCCGUCCAUCGCCAGCCGCACUGCGACGUCGCUCGCUGUUCGCAGCAGCGUCGCCGCGCGCGGCCCUGGCGGUCGCUCGUCGGUCAGUGGCAUGGUCGCGACUGUGUUUGGCGCCACGGGCUUUCUGGGGAGAUACGUGGUGCAGCAGCUAGCACGCUCUGGCUCGCAGGUGAUGGUGCCCUAUCGCUGUCUGGAGGACGAUCACAGGCACCUCAAGCUGUGUGGCGACCUGGGGCAGGUGGUGCCUGUUCCGUUUGACGUGAGGAGCGAUGAGAGCGUUGCUGCUGCUAUUGCCAAGUCGAAUGUUGUCAUCAACCUCAUCGGCCGUGACUUUGAGACGCGCAACUUCAGCUUUGAGGACAUCAACAUCUCAGCUCCUCAGCGCAUUGCCAGGGUCGCCAGGGAGCAUGGCGGCAUUGCAAGGAUGGUGCACCUCUCCUGCCUGGGCGCGGCUCCUCACGCGCCCUCCAAGCAGCACCAGACCAAGGCGCUGGGGGAGGCAGCAGUGCUGGCGGAGUUCCCACAGGCCACCAUCCUGAGGACGGGCCCUCUGGCCGGCACGGAGGAUCGCCUGCUCAACAGCUGGGCGCUCAUGGCCAAGAAGUUCCCGUUUGUCCCCGUUAUAGCAGGCGGCAAGACACUUAUUCAGCCAGUGUACGUUUUGGACGUGGCAACGGCAGUCAACGCCACCGUCACUGACGACGGCAGCAGCUGUGGGCAGACGUUCGAGCUGGGCGGGCCGGAAGUGCUUCAAAUCAGGGACCUGGUGAACCGUGUCUUGGAAACCAUUCGCCAGCACUCCUCCAUUCUCAGCGUCCCUCUUCCUGUCGCCCGGGCCCUCGCCACGCCACGGGAGUUCCUUCUCCACCGCGUGCCAACGCCCAUCCCCAGCCCCACCAUGUUCACGCUCGAUUACAUCAACUCGCUCUCCUUCCCGCACAUCGUCUCACCCAACGCGCUCACAUUCAAGGACCUUGGGAUCAUCCCCCAUCCCCUCACGGGUCUCACAAUCGACUACCUCUUCGCGUAUCGCAGCGGCGGGCCGCAGUACGGCCAGACUGUCGGGGAGAAGACUUCUCUGAACCACCCCCCCCCCCCCCCCCAAUUUUCCCCUGCCUCUCUCCCCCCCGCCGGAAAAAAAACAAGGCAUCGGCCUGGCAUUGGUGCGUGGGUUCCUGAGGGCGGGAGACAGAGUCGUGGUUGUGGUGCUGGUGGUGGUGUGGUGUGUCCUCAACUUGUUAUCUGCCUUUCCCCUGCCUUCCUCUCCCCUAUUCCUUCCCCUCCCCAUCCUCACCCUUCCUCCUCCCCCAAUCAAGGCAUCGGCCUGGCAUUGGUGCGUGAGUUCCUGAGGGCGGGAGACAGAGUCGUGGUGUGCUCACGAUCAGGCGAGAGGGUGGACGAUGUGGUUGCUCAACUGCAGAAGGAAUUUGGCAAGGAUAAUGUGGUGGGCAUUGCAUGCGAUGUCUCUAAAGGGGACGAUGUGAAGGCUCUGGCUGACUUUGCAGUCAAAUCCCUUGGCUCUGUGGAUGUGUGGAUCAACAACGCAGGCUCCAACGCGUACGAGUACGCACCCCUGGUGGAGGCGGGGGAUGCAGCUAUCGAGGAGAUAGUGCGAACCAACGUGCUGGGCGUCAUGCUGUGCUGCCGCCAGGCCAUGCGGCUGAUGAGGGAUCAACCCGGUGGGGGCCACAUUUUCAACAUGGAUGGUGCUGGGGCUGACGGCAAUGCUACUCCGCGCUUCGCAGCGUACGGAGCAACCAAGCGCAGCCUCGCGCAGUUCACCAAGUCAUUGCAAGCGGAGCUCAAGAUGCUCAAGCUCCCCAAUGUCGUCGUGCACAACCUCUCGCCCGGCAUGGUGACCACAGACCUGCUCAUGUCAGGCGCCAACACUCCGCAGGCCAAGUUUUUCAUCAACGCCCUGGCAGAGCCAGCAGAGGAGGUCGCGCAAUUUCUCGUGCCACGAGUGAGAGAGGUGCCUGCUAGCAGAUCCAACACCUCUACCUACAUAAAGUUCCUCACCAAGCCAAAAGCCUUCUCGCAAAUAUUCCAGCGUGCCCUCUUCGGCCAAAGGAAGAAUCGUUACGUGAAAGAAGACUGA